CCUCAGAGGCACCUGAUCUCUUUCGAUCUCAUUACCUCUUUAACAUCCUCCUGAAGACUUGGUUCUCCUCAGAGACAAUUCCACCCUGGAAGCACUGCACCUUAAAGGACUUGUGAAGCCAGACGAUGCCCACAGACCUGGGGCAGGCCCUUGGCCUUCUGCCUUCACUGGCAAAGGCUGAGGAUGCCUCACUCUCUGGACCAGACAUUGCCUGUCAAGGAGAACUCUCCAGCCCCGAGACUGCACGCCAGCUUUUUAGGCAGUUUCGUUACCAGGUGAGGUCUGGACCCCAGGAGACCCUGAGACAACUUCGGAAGCUCUGUUUCCAGUGGCUGCGGCCAGAAGUUCACACCAAGGAGCAGAUCCUAGAGCUCCUCAUGUUGGAGCAGUUUCUGACCAUUCUCCCUGGGGAGAUCCAGACGUGGGUACGGAAACAGCACCCAGGUAGUGGGGAAGAGGCAGUGACCCUUGUGGAGAGCUUGAAGGGAGAUCCCCAGAGACUGUGGCAGUGGAUCAGCAUCCAAGUUCUGGGGCAGGAUGUCCUAUCAGAGAAGAACGACUCUCCACACUGGGAAGUGGAGCCCCAGGAGUUGGGGCUUCACAAUCUGCCCUCAGGGCCUGGGGAACUGCUGCACCACAACGUGAAGGAGGAAUUGGACACAGAGCCAGAAUUAGCUCUGGCUGCUUCCCAGCUUCCUGCCAGACCUGAGGAAAGGCUGGGAGACCAGGACUUUGGAACAGCACUUCUCCCAGGAGCACCACAGGAGCAGUGGAAAAACCUGGAUUCCACUCAAAAGGAGCAGUACUGGGAUCUCAUGCUGGAGACCUAUGGGAAAAUGGUCUCAGGAGGUGAGGGCGUGGGUCAGCUUGAUAGAAAGACUGGAAAAUUGUUAAGUAUUUUCUGUGCAUUCAUAGAGGCAACUUCAGGUUCUGUGGAUGAAGGACAUCAUCAGACACACAGUUGGGAACUGGGGCCAGUUAGAGAUAACAGAGUUAUAAUGGAACUUCCUCAUGUUGAGAAUAUUCUGUUUGCUGGGAACUGUUGUGAGUUUUCUGCAUGUAAGUUUGUGCAUGAUCGGAGGAGAGGUGUUGUGGGGGAAGAGGGGGUGGUGUGUCGUGGUCGGUGUGUGGUGGGGCUGAGGGAGGUGUGGCACACGUCAGCUGUAUUCGAAUUUGGAGAUGAUGAUUGUGUCGCCGAGAGAGUCCCCGUUGCAGGUGUCGAGCAUUCAUUGAGCCAUGUCACACCUUUCUUUCUCCUUUCAGGAGAUAGACAAGAGAAUGACAAAGAGAACCUAAACUUGGAAAACCACAAGGACCAGGAAGCUCUAGAUGCCUCCUGUCAAGCCUUAGGAGAGGCACCUCCUCAGAGUUCUUUGAGGGGCUUCUUCAUUGAGGAUGAACCAGGAUGCUUUGGAGAAGGAGAGAAUCUCCCUGAGUCUCUGGAAAGCCUUCAUGGUGAGGGGCCAGGGGGACAGCUCUCCUCUCAUGAAAGGAGUUCUGGGAAACAAUUAGGUCAGUACAUGCCUGCUCCUCUUCCAGGUGAGCUGUCAGCCUUGUGGCUUGAGGAGAAGAGAGAGGCCUCUCAGAAGGGACAGCUGAGAGCCCCCAUGGCCCAGAAACUCCCCACCUGCAGGGAGUGUGGGAAGACCUUUUACAGGAAUUCACAGCUUGUUUUUCACCAAAGAACUCAUACCGGAGAGACAUACUUUCAGUGCCCCAUCUGCAAAAAGGCCUUUCUGCGGAGCUCAGACUUUGUGAAACAUCAGAGAACUCACACAGGAGAGAAGCCCUGUAAAUGUGAUUACUGUGGGAAAGGCUUUAGUGACUUCUCAGGAUUGCGCCACCAUGAGAAAAUUCACACAGGAGAGAAACCCUAUAAAUGUCCCAUCUGUGAGAAAAGCUUUAUUCAGAGGUCAAACUUUAAUAGACAUCAAAGGGUUCACACAGGAGAGAAACCUUAUAAAUGUUCCCACUGUGGCAAAAGUUUCAGCUGGAGCUCGAGCCUUGACAAACAUCAGAGGUCUCAUUUAGGAAAGAGGCCCUUUCAGUAGUCACGCUCUCAACCCUGUUUGUGCUCUGUGCGUUUAAAACACAUUCAGCUCCACCUGAGGAGCUGUAUCCCUGGGAGGAUAGCAGGGGGAGAACCUGGACAUGAUUCUGAACUUGGGAGAUAUAUUGGCCUCUGGGUUGGAUUUUAUCAAGGAUUAGUUUCUUCUGCACCACGAGAAAGAAUAGUCUUUAUGUUUCAGCUCAUCUUUUCUUUUGUACCCUUUAGGGAAAAGGUCUCACUUAGAGAUUGGUUUUAGAAAUGCUUCCUGGGGAGUGUUUAAUUGGAGUGGCUGCUCACCAGGGAACCUGGAGUCAGCCCUUUAGAGCAGGUCUUCUUUUACAGAAGGGGAGAAAUGAGGGCCCAGGAAUGCAUUUGUGUUUUUUGGUCAUAUAGGUGAAAAAUUACCUUUAAGUAUUCCUUGUUUGAAAUAAACUGAGUCGGGUCACUUCCUAGCUUAUCUGUGUCUGACAUAUUCACUGUGUGUUGACUCUAACUUAAAGCACAUUGUUUUCAUAGAGGAUCCUGCAUGGUAGUUGAGUCCCAAGAUCAGCUCGUAGAAACCUAUCAAGUCUGUGAUGUAACAGAACAGUGAUAGGGAAGUGCUGCCUAAUGCUCAGAUGGUGAGAGUGUGGCCAGUGCAGGGCACACCUUCAUCUCAGGUAAGUUUGUCUUUGGUAUCCCUGUUUUGAGCCUCCCUGCCACUUGAUCACAUGCUUCAAGCUUCCUUUCCUUCUCCUGGCAUCCUACUUGGGCUAUCAUUUUGCCAAAGUACUUUAUGUUUUAAAAUCAUCCUUAUAUCUUAUUGUGCCAGUAGGUGUUAGGAAGAAAUCAGUAAUAUUGAUCUAGUUUUUAAUAUUGUCUAGAGGUUUAUAAACAUAUAAAGCUACCUGUCCAAUUGUCCUUGUCUUCAAAAGUUGCAUGCUUCAGUUUCCUGCUCUCAUGUAGCGGGAUUUCCAUCUGUAACAAUCUUGGUCCUCUUGCUUGAUCUUUUUUCUGUUUGUUUGUUUUCUUAUGGUGCUGGGGAUCAAAUCCAGGCCUUAUGCAAGGUAGCUUCACCAUGAGCACUUCUUCACUAACCUACACAUCCUCCACCCCACUGGGUCUAAUUGUGCUGUUGUAGGGGAGGGUCAGGAAUGGUGAUAUUCCUGAGAAGGGCAGAGCUAUUUCUCUGAAAAUGGAUUAACCAACAAACUGGGGACUACAAGAAGUUGCAAAAUGGUAGGAAGUACUAGUUGAUGAGAGGGAACUCAAACUGGAGUUCCUGGACUCCAGGAGGCAUUCGUUAGAUGGUGUAAAGAUGAGGAGUAAAACCACACAUGAGGGGACGUGGAAUGCACUUAAGGGAAGAAAGCAGAAAAUCAUGGCAGGAUUUGGUAUUAGAUUCUGUAUUCUGUAGAGCAGGGUGAUAGGAUUGGGUGUGUAAGUUGGGUUCUCAAAGUAGCCUCCAAACCAGCAGCCAUGGCAUUUUGUUAAAACAUUUAAUGAGUCAGAAAUUCUUCAGGGUGGAACUCAGCAAUUUUUGUUUUAACAAGCUCUCCAAGGGAUUCUGAUGCUUGCUGUAGUUUAAGAACCACUGAUCUAAAUAGUAAUUGACCCAAAAAUUAAGUCUUUGCAAGAAUAGGAGAAACUAA